AUGGAACCCGAGUCAACUACAAUGCCUGGUAUUCAUGGCAAUCGGACAGACAACAUGGCGGCACCUAGAUUAGAUUCCGGUGAUCAUCAACCAGCUGGGAAAGGUAGCGUGAGUUUAUCUUACAUGCAUGGUCCGCCACGUAUCAUGCCAAAUUAUGGCAAUAAACGGCGAAGUCUUCUUCCAAAGACCAAGGUGUCACGUGUCCUCCUUUACGACAAUAUUACCCAGCAACAAAUGCUAGACGUCAAGCUCUCCCAUAUAAAGCUUGAAAGGACUCGAACUACACGCCUUCUAGACCUUCACAAGCGGUCGUUCAUGUUACGUCAACAGAAGCGACAACACCAUUUACAGCAAGUCGGGGUUGUGUUACCCGACAUUGACCACCCCAAUAAGAAACAGGAGAUAUUGACUCGGUUAACAAGCCAGUUGUCUAAAAGAACAGUGAGUUCAAUGGGAGGUCAUCGCAGUGUUACCUCCGCUGAUCUAGAAACUUUGAAGUUGCCUGACUUGGAAAUUUCUUCAAAUGAGAACAAUUGCCCACAUGUUGUUUUUAAACUUAAAAACGCUAGUGGCGUAACUCAGAUAUUUCACACCAUCGACAACGAAGGGGUGUUUUCUGAUAUAGUACCACUGUACAAGUUCUAUGACAAGACUAUAGAAGAUCCACGAUUCCAGAGUCUUGAAGGUUCACUGGUUCGAACCUCAGUUAACACGGACGGAUUUAAUGAAUUAAGUGCUAGCUUCAAAAAGGAAUAUCCAAAAAUUCCGGAACAUUUGCAAGAAUUUAUCAACGAAGACACUACACUUGAUUCCUCUGUAUGA